AGCCGGAGGAUUAUGUUGCCAGUGGGUAGUUGUGUGGGUAGAGUGGCUUGGGGCCACUUCACAGAACAACAAACUAAAGACUUGUGGGAAGUGUGCCCUGGGUACUGGGACAAACUUUUAGUCCAAAUCUGGCAGCUGUCUGUUUCUGCCUAAAAAUUAGUUUUUCAGAUUCUACUUAGCAAUUUUCUAGACCAAAAUUCUAGUUUGGGGUUCAUUUCUAGGGAUAUAAAAUACUACAGUCCCCAAUAACUUACGGUAUUUGGGUACCUUUGUUCAGUAGAGUUUUGUGCCCUAAAACCCAAAAUGUUUCAGAUAUUUUGAAACAAUUUAUCCUAUAAAGUUGGGACAAUAAAAUGGUCUGGAGAGUUUAUUAAUUUGCAAAUGCCAUUUUUUAAUUAAUAAAAUUCUACUGCUGACAGGAUGGGAAGGCCAUUGUGACUAUGUGGUGACUACAAUUAUCUUACCACUGAGUUUCCCACUGGAAUCAUGGAGGAGAAACAGCAGAUUAUAUUGGCUAAUCAAGAUGGUGGGACAGUGGCAGGAGCAGCACCUACUUUCUUUGUCAUCCUAAAACAGCCAGGAAAUGGCAAAACUGAUCAAGGAAUUUUGGUUACCAAUCAGGAUGCUUGUGCUUUGGCUAGUAAGGUGUCAUCACCAGGAAAAUCUAAAGGGAAGAUUUGCCUUCCAGCUGAUUGUACUGUGGGAAGAAUUACUGUCACCCUUGAUAACAAUAGUAUGUGGAAUGAGUUCCAUAAUCGAAGCACAGAGAUGAUUCUGACCAAGCAGGGAAGACGUAUGUUUCCUUAUUGUCGCUAUUGGAUAACAGGCUUAGAUUCAAAUUUAAAGUAUAUCCUUGUCAUGGAUAUAUCUCCUGUAGAUAACCAUCGCUAUAAAUGGAAUGGUCGUUGGUGGGAACCCAGUGGGAAGGCUGAGCCCCACAUUUUGGGAAGGGUUUUCAUUCAUCCAGAGUCUCCUUCCACAGGUCAUUAUUGGAUGCAUCAACCAGUAUCUUUCUAUAAACUCAAACUUACCAAUAAUACCUUGGACCAGGAAGGGCAUAUUAUCUUGCACUCUAUGCAUCGCUACCUACCAAGGCUUCAUUUGGUCCCUGCAGAAAAGGCUACAGAAGUGAUACAGUUAAAUGGCCCUGGUGUCCAUACUUUUACCUUCCCACAGACUGAAUUCUUUGCAGUAACAGCCUAUCAGAACAUUCAGAUUACCCAGUUGAAAAUAGAUUACAAUCCAUUUGCCAAAGGUUUUCGGGAUGAUGGGCUGAAUAGUAAGCCCCUCAGAGAUGGAAAACAAAAGAACAGCUCUGACCAAGAAGGCAAUAGUGUUACUGGUUCUCCUGGUCAUCGGGUCCGUCUUACUGAAGGUGAGGGGUCAGAAAUACAUCCAAGUGAUUUUGAGCCUAUGUUAAGGGAUCAUGAAACAUCAGGGAAGGGUUUGGAGAAGCCUCCCCUUAACAUAAAACAAGACUUACUUGGUUUUGUGGAUACCGAUUCAGCACUUGAAGUUCCUCAGUUGAAGCAAGAGAUUUCUGAAAGUCUUGUUGCCAACAGUUUUGAAGAUGGCUCCCAUAUUGCCUCACCAUUGGAUGCAAAUGAAAACUUCAAUGUUGUCAUUAAAGAGGAACCUCUAGAUGAUUAUGACUAUGAACUUGGCGAGUAUCCAGAAGGGGUCUCUGUGAAACAGGAAGAGACAGAUGAAGAAACAGAUGUAUACUCAAACAGUGAUGAUGAUCCUAUAUUAGAGAAGCAACUAAAGAGGCACAAUAAAAUUGAUAACCUAGAGGCUGAUCAUUCAUCUUCUAAAUGGCUACCAAACAGCCCAUCAGGUGUUGCUAAAGCUAAGAUGUUCAAAUUAGAUGCUGGAAAGAUGCCAGUAGUCUAUUUGGAGCCCUGUGCCGUAACCAAAAGCACAGUGAAGAUUUCUGAAUUGCCUGAUAACAUGCUUUCCACAUCUCGAAAGGAUAAAUCUUCUGUGUUGGCAGAAUUAGAGUAUUUGCCUACAGACAUUGAAAAUGCCAACGGGACUGGCUUCUGCUUAGGCAAGGAAUCAGAAAAUGGUCUUAGUAAACAUUCACCAGAUCUUAGAGUGAUACAAAAAUAUCCCUCACUUAAAGAGCCUCAAUGGAAAUAUCCUGUUAUAGUUGACAACAUUAGCUCAGAAAGAAUACUUGACAGUUCAAAGAGUGCUGCUGGGGACACAUUUUCAGGAAAAGAAGAUUUGGGCAGAAAGCGAACAACUGUGCUUAAGAUUGCAACAGCCUCAAAGUCUGUGAGUGCUAAUCACAAUGCCUCACCAAAUGUCCAUGGAAAAAGAGGAAGGCCUCGAAAAUUGAAGUUCUCUAAGGCAGGGCGACCACCUAAAAACACAGGAAAGUCUUUAACUUCUACAAAGAAUGCCCCUGUAGGUCUUGGGAGUACCUUUUCUGACGUGAAGCCUGAUUUGGAAGAUGUUGAUGGUGUUCUCUUUGUUUCCUUUGAAUCAAAGGAAGCUCUAGACAUUCAUGCAGUUGAUGGAACAACAGAAGAACCCUCUAGUCUUCAGGAGUCAACCACAAAUGACCCAGUAGGUUGCAGAGCAAGAAUUUCUCAGUUGGAAAAGGAAUUGAUAGAAGAUUUGAAGUCCUUGAGGCACAAGCAAGUGAUACAUCCUGGUCUUCAAGAAGUGGGGUUAAAAUUGAAUUCAGUGGAUCCAACAAUGAGCAUUGAUCUUAAAUAUUUGGGAGUACAGCUACCUUUAGCUCCAGCCACAAGCUUCCCUUUUUGGAACUUUACAGGAACCAACUCUGCCUCUCCUGAUGCCGGAUUUCCCUUUGUUUCUAGGACAGGGAAGACCAAUGACUUUACCAAAAUCAAGGGAUGGAGGGGAAAAUUUCAUAGUGCUGCUGCAUCUAGAAAUGAGAGUGGAAAUUCAGAAGGUUCACUGAAAAACCGUUCUGCUUUCUGUAGUGAUAAACUAGAUGAAUACUUGGAAAAUGAAGGCAAGCUGAUGGAAACAAGCAUGGGUUUCUCUUCCAAUGCUCCUACAUCUCCUGUGGUAUACCAGCUUCCCACCAAGAGUACCAGCUAUGUACGAACACUUGAUAGUGUACUAAAGAAGCAAUCUACCCUUUCCCCUUCUACCUCUUACUCUUUGAAGCCUCAUUCUGUACCUACCGCCUCUCGAAAGGUGAAGCCUCAAAGCAAACAGACAACGCUCAGUGGCCGAACUAAAACAUCUUAUAAAUCUAUUUUACCAUACCCUGUUUCUCCAAGGCAGAAACACACUCACGUGAUGCCAGGAGAUAAGAUUACCAAGAAUUCUUCAAGUACAGUCUCAGAUAAUCAGGUGAAUAAUGUUGUUGUGCCAAGUGUAGAUGAAAAUGUAUUUCCAAAGCAGAUUAGUUUACGGCAGGCACACCAGCAGCAGCAGCAGCAACAACAGGGAACUCGCCCUCCAGGCUUGUCUAAAUCUCAGGUAAAGCUAAUGGACCUGGAAGACUGUGCACUUUGGGAAGGAAAACCAAGGACUUACAUCACUGAAGAGCGAGCAGAUGUAUCCUUGACAACUCUUCUUACAGCUCAGGCAUCUCUGAAAACUAAACCUAUUCACACAAUCAUAAGGAAACGAGCUCCUCCAUGCAACAAUGACUUCUGUCGACUAGGUUGUGUAUGUUCUAGUCUAGCUUUGGAGAAGCGCCAGCCUGCCCACUGCCGUCGACCAGAUUGCAUGUUUGGCUGUACUUGUUUGAAAAGAAAAGUUGUACUUGUUAAAGGGGGAUCCAAAAUUAAGCAACUCCAGAAGAAGGCUACUCAGCGAGAUCCAGUGUUUUAUGAUAAUCUGGGAGAAGAGCCAAAGGAGGAAGAAGAGGGAGACGAGGAACAAAUGAAAGAGAGAAAAAAGAGAAAGAAGCUGGAAUAUACUAUAUGUGAAACAGAGCCUGAACAACCUGUUCGACACUACCCAUUAUGGGUAAAAGUAGAAGGUGAAGUAGAUCCAGAGCCAGUUUAUGUCCCAACACCUUCUGUCAUUGAGCCUAUGAAACCGUUGUUGUUGCCUCAGCCAGAAGUAUUAUCUGCUACUGUGAAGGGCAAAGUGCUCACUGGAAUUAAACCUGCACGGGCAUAUACUCCCAAACCUAAUCCUGUGAUACGGGAAGAGGACAAAGAUCCUGUCUAUUUGUACUUUGAAAGUAUGAUGACUUGUGCCCGAGUUCGAAUAUAUGAAAGAAAGAAGGAGGAACAGAGACAGCCAUCCCCAUCCCCAUCCCCCUCUCUGACAUUUCAGCAACAGAGCUCUUGUCAUUCUAGUCCGGAGAACCACAGUACAAAGGAACCUGAUUCUGAACAGCAGCCCUUCAAACAAUUCAUUUGUGACUUGGAGGAUGAUUCUGAUAAAUCACAAGAAAAGAGCUGGAAGUCUUCCUCCAAUGAAGGGGAAUCCUCUUCUUCCUCUUAUGUGCAUCAGAAGUCACCUGGUGGUCCCACCAAACUGAUAGAGAUCAUCUCAGACUGCAACUGGGAGGAGGAUCGGAGCAAGAUUUUGAGCAUCUUAUCUCAGCACAUCAAUAGCAACAUGCCACAAUCACUUAAGGUGGGCAGCUUCAUCAUUGAGUUGGCUUCUCAGCGAAAGAGCCGGGGUGAGAAGAACCCUCCUGUUUAUUCUUCUCGUGUGAAAAUCUCUAUGCCAUCAUGUCAAGACCAGGAUGAUAUGGCUCAGAAAUCUGGAUCAGAGACUCCUGAUGGUCCAUUGUCCCCUGGGAAAAUGGAUGAUAUCUCUCCUGUGCAGACAGAUGCCCUGGAUUCAGUGAGGGAGAGAUUACAUGGAGGCAAAGGUCUACCUUUUUAUGCAGGGGUUUCUCCUGCAGGGAAGCUUGUGGCCUAUAAGCGUAAACCCAGUUCAAGCACAUCUGGGCUUAUCCAGGUUAAUGGUAAGAAUUACCCGCAGGCUAAGUUGCUAUUGGGACAGAUGGGGGCAUUGCAUCCAGCCAAUAGGCUAGCUGCUUAUAUCACAGGCAGGUUGCGACCCUCAGUCCUGGACCUCUCAACCCUCAGUACUGUCAUCUCCAAGGUAGCAUCCAAUGCCAAGGUGGCUGCAUCCAGGAAACCACGCACCCUGCUGCCUUCAACAACCAGUUCCAAAAUGGCAUCCUCUUCUGGCAAUCCAACAAACCGUUCUGAGAAGAAUCCGAAGGCAUUUGUCCUGGCAAAAAGGCCAAUUGCGGCUCGACCCUCUCCUGGUGGUGUGUUCACCCAGUUUGUGAUGAGUAAAGUUGGAGCCUUACAGCAGAAGAUACCUGGAGUUAGCACACCCCAAACCCUGACAGGGCCACAGAAGUUCAGUAUCAGACCUUCUCCAGUAAUGGUCGUCACACCUGUGGUUUCUUCUGAGCCAGUUCAGGUGUGCAGCCCUGUGACUGCUGCUGUCACUACUACCGCCCCUCAAGUGUGUUUAGAAAAUGUUACUGCUGUGACAUCUAUGACUGCUAUUUCUGACGUGAGAACUAAAGAAACUACUUAUUCUUCUGGUGUCACCACUGCAGGGGUUAUUGAGGUCUCUGAAACCAAUACCAGCACCACUGUAACAUCUGCCCAGUCUACAGCCACUGUGAACCUUACCAAAACUACUGGGAUAACUACCCCUGUGGCUUCAGUUGCUUUUCCUAAAUCUUUGGUAGCAUCUCCUCCAACCAUAACUCUUCCUGUUGCUUCCACUGCCUCCACCUCCAUAGUCAUGGUGACCACAGCUGCUUCUUCCUCCGUGGUGACCACACCAACUUCAUCUCUGGGUUCUGUUCCUAUUAUACUCUCAGGAAUUAAUGGGAGUCCACCAGUAAGCCAGAGACCAGAAAAUGCCCCUCAGAUUCCAGUGGCUACUCCACAGGUCUCUCCUAACACAGCGAAACGUCCUGGACCUCGGUUAUUGUUGAUUCCAGUACAGCAGGGUUCUCCUACACUUAGACCUGUCCCAAACCCACAGCUUCAGGGACAUCGGAUGGUUUUACAGCCUGUUCGGAGCCCAAGUGGAAUGAACCUAUUUAGGCACCCCAAUGGGCAGAUUGUUCAACUUUUACCUUUGCAUCAGAUCCGAGGCUCUAAUACCCAGCCCAGCAUACAACCUGUCAUGUUUCGGAACCCAGGGUCUGUAGUGGGAAUCCGGUUGCCUGCACCUUGCAAGCCUUCUGAGACACCACCAUCUUCUGCUUCGUCCUCUGCUUUCUCUGUUGUAAAUCCUGUAAUUCAGGCUAUUGGGUCUUCUUCAGCAGUGAAUGUUAUCACUCAGGCACCAUCUUUACUUUCCUCUGGACCAAGUUUUGUCUCUCAGGCUGGUACAUUGACCCUGAGGAUUUCCCCUCCUGAGCCACAAAGCUUUGCAAGUAAAACAGGCUCUGAAACCAAAAUAACAUAUAGUUCAGGAGGGCAGCCUGUUAGUACAGCCAAUCUCAUUCCUCUCCAGUCUGGUAGUUUUGCAUUGCUGCAGCUCCCAGGACAAAAGCCUGUCCCUAGCUCCAUUCUUCAGCAUGUUGCUUCCCUUCAGAUGAAGAAAGAAUCCCAGAAUGCAGACCAGAAAGAUGAAACAAACUCUAUAGAAAGAGAGAAGGAAACUAAGAAGACUGUACAGUCAGAAGGAGAAGCUAUAGAUCCUGAGGCUAAUACAAUUAAGCAGAAUUCAGGAACUAUUACCUCAAAAGAAGCCCUGAAUGAUUCCUUGGACGAUGGGGGUGAUCAUUUGCAUGAAGAAUCCCUUACAGAAAAAGGUCCUACAACUGUCAAACCUUCUGAACACUGCUGUAUUGCUGAGUCACGCACAGGUGAAGACUAUAAAGAUGUUACCAAACAACAUGGGACAAUGAGUCAUAACCGUUCCAAAGAAAAACCGGCUGUUCUAGAAGUUAGAACAGUUUCUGAAAAAGCCAGUAAUACGGCAGUAUACAAUGAGAGUAAAGUACAGCUUCAGAAAUCUGGUGAUACGAAGUCAGAGCAGCAGAAAGGAGUAGACAAUCCAGAGGAGAAACCAAAUGAAUUUCUAUUUAUUGAAUUAUCAGGGAGCAAGGUUAUGGUACAGCAGCAAUGUAAUCCACUGCCAAAGGCCAAGGAGAAAGACUGUGGAGACUCUCUGGAGAAGGACAGUAUUAGGGAGAGAUGGAGAAAGUACCCGAAGAGCUCCUUGGUGCCAAAAUGUGUUAGAACUUCAGAAGAAUGUAAGAAAGAGGCAGAUGAACAAUUAACUAGAGAAAUAAAGCCAUGUCAAGAUUCAGAUGUGUUUCAAGAAGAACAGAACAUCUCUAACCUACAUGGGAAAAGUGGAACUUCUGAGAAUGCUGGGGUUUUAAAAACUGAAUGUGAUUCUUGGAGUAGGAUUUCUAAUCCUGCAGCCUUCUCCAUUGUUCCUAGGCGAUUUACAAAAGGAAGCAGAGGGAAUGAACAUUUUCAGGGUGACUUACUACUCCCGGGAAAACAGAUAAAAGCGAAACAAGAUAAGGGCAGAAGAAGCAGUGCUGACUUUAUUGGCUUGGAUUUGGAAGAGGAGGAUGAAGAUGAGAAUGAGAAAACCGAUGAUUCUAUUGAUGAAAUUGUGGAUAUUGUCUCUGACUGCCAGAGUGAGGAGGUUGAUGAUGUAGAAAAGGUGAGUAACUGUAUAGAAUACAUUGAGGAUGAUGAAGAGCAUGUGGACAUUGAAACUGUAGAAGAGCUCUCAGAGGAAAUUAAUGUUUCCUACAAAAAGACCACAGCAGCUCACACACAAUCAUUCAAACAGUCGUGCCGUACACCUGCAGAUGAAAAAACUACUGAAAGAAGUCGAAAGGCUCCACCAGUUCCUCUAAAACUGAAACCUGAUUACUGGAGUGACAAACUACAGAAAGAAGCAGAAGCUUUUGCUUACUAUCGACGGACACAUACUGCCAAUGAGCGGCGGCGGCGUGGUGAAAUGAGAGAUCUCUUUGAAAAAUUGAAGAUCACAUUGGGAUUACUUCAUUCUUCCAAGGUUUCCAAAAGUCUCAUUCUUACUCGGGCAUUCAGUGAAAUUCAGGGACUAACAGAUCAGGCAGACAAACUGAUAGGACAGAAAAAUCUCCUGACUAGAAAACGGAAUAUCCUGAUACGAAAGGUAUCAUCUCUUUCAGGUAAGACAGAAGAAGUGGUCCUGAAGAAGCUAGAGUAUAUUUAUGCAAAACAACAAGCACUAGAGGCUCAAAAAAGAAAAAAGAAGAUGGGAUCAAAUGAGUUUGAUGAGUCUCCCAGAACUAGCAAACAGCAGGAAGGAUCUUCUACAUCAUCUUUAGAUCUCGGACAGAUGUUUAUUAAUAACAGGAGGGGGAAACCUUUAAUCCUUUCCAGAAAAAGAGACCAGGCCACAGAAAACACCUCUCCCUCUAGUACUCCACACACCUCUGCCAACCUCGUGAUGACUCCUCAAGGGCAAUUGCUUACCUUAAAAGGUCCCUUGUUCUCAGGACCAGUGGUAACUGUUUCUCCUGCUCUCCUAGAAGCUGAUCUGAAGCCUCAAGUUGCCAGCAGUAGUAUGGCUCAGUCAGAAAAUGAUGACUUAUUUAUGAUGCCACGAAUUGUUAAUGUGACUUCACUGGCCACAGAAGGUGGUUUGGUAGAUAUGGGUAGCAGCAAAUAUCCUCAUGAAGUUCCUGAUGGCAAGAUAUCUGAUCACCUGAAAGACACUGUCAGGAAUGAAGAAAACUCAGAGGAUUCCAAUAGAGUCUCUUCCAGAGGAAACCACAGAGAUGGCCGAAUGGCAUUGGGUCCAACACAGGUUUUUCUGGCAAAUAAAGAUUCUGAUUUUUCACAAAUAGUUGAUGUUUCCAGUAUGCAGGAAACACAGGAGUUUUUACCUAAAAAGGUUUCAGGUGAUGUAAGAGGGAAUCGGUAUAAAUGGAAGGAGAGUGAAUCAAGAGGAGAGAGACUGAAGUCAAAGGAAUCUCCAUUUCAUAAAUCAAAGAUGAAAGAUCUCAAGGAUUCAACCAUAGAGAUGGAACUGCGGAAAGUAGCAUCAGCUAUAGAGGAAGCAGCUCUUGAUCCCAGCGAACUGUUAACUAACAUGGAAGAUGAUGAUGAUACCGAUGAGACACUGACUUCACUGCUCAAUGAGAUUGCCUUUCUUAAUCAGCAGCUAAAUGAUGACUCUGUCAGUCUUGCUGAACUGCCCACCUCUAUGGAUACGGAGUUCCCAGAGGAUGCUCAGCAGGCUUUUAUCAGUAAGCUUCCUACUGGGAACAGAGCACCUUUCCAGGUUGGCCACUUGGGAACAGAUUUGAAAGAGUUGCCUGAUGAUCAAGGGGAGAGUGACUCCAUCAGCCCCCUCCUUUUGCACUUGGAAGAUGAUGAUUUUUCUGAGAAUGAAAAACAACUUGUAGAAACAGCCUCUGAGCCAGAUGUUCUUAAGAUUGUUAUUGACUCUGAGAUAAAGGAUUCAUUUCUUUCUCACAGGAAAUGUAGUGAUGGAGGGAAGAGUACUUCUGGUCUCUCUGCAGAACCUGAAAGUGUAUGCUCACCUCCCAUCCUACACAUGAAGACUGGCCUAGAGAAUAGCAACACAGAUACGUUGUGGAGGCCUAUGCCAAAGUUAGCACCUUUAGGUUUAAAAGUAGCUAAUCCUCCCAGUGAUGCAGAUGGUCAGACUCUCAAGGUGAUGCCUUGUUUGGCACCUGUAGCUGCUAAAGUUGGGUCAGUUGGACAUAAAAUGAACUUAACAGGGAGUGACCAGGAAGGCCGGGAGAGCAAGGUGAUGCCUACAUUGGCACCUAUUAUGGCUAAAUUAGGCACCUCUGGGGUCUCACCAAGUUCUUCAGGGAAAUGAACUUGUUUGAAACCAGGCUGUGAGGGGAAAUUGAACCUCACUUCCUUUCUCUGUAGGCAUCUGUUUGUAUCAUGGACCUAUGAUUCUCAACUUGGAUGGUGUAGUAGAUGAUAGAGAAAGGGGGUAGGGUGCUGACCCUGGUAUAAAAAAUAGUAUGAGAUUCUGAUCAUGUUAAAAUGUGUUACCUCACUUGUGGUGCUGGGUCCUCUAAUCCUCUCUGAGAAGAUGUGAUCCAUUACUGAACAUGAGGUGCCCCUUACCCAAGGAAUUUAUUCAAGACUGGCUCCAUAGCGGUACUUAGUUCCCCUGACCCCUGCUCCCAACUCCCCAAGAGAAGAAGCUGCGUGAGACUUUGAAGUUGCUUUGGACUGAACUGUAGCUGAUAGCUGUUGGGUUAAAUCUAAAAUCUAAGGAAUGUGAUGCAUUUGUGCAAAGGGAUUCAGAAGAGAUCAUUUUAAGUUAUUUCAGUAAUUGAGAUAGGAUGUGUACCAUGGAAUACCAAAGUGAAGGAUUUUAUGUCAUUUGGCAAAAUUUUAUCUUCUUUUAUAUCCUAUGUAGCUUCCAUUCCCUCAUCAUUUCAAUCAGAAUUCCAAAUGCAAGCCUUCUGGUGAAGUAGGGGUCUUUUAACUUUAUUACUAUCAAGGUGAUUAUUUUGAGAUGCUAAAAACCAUAGUUCUCCCUUACUGUCUUUGUGGGUAUUGAAAGAUAAUUUCCUAUUGACAGGGAUUUCUACCAGUAAUACAUACUUUGGAGGUAGGUAAGGAGGGCACGGUUCCCCCUUCACAAAACACAUCACUCAAGAGAUAGCUAAAAUGAAAGCAUUCUCCCACCAGACCAGAGAUAGUGGCCAAAAUAAAAAAUUGUGGGGCUGGAUGUUUCCCAAAUCAAACCAGCCUCCUGGUGCUUGAAGGUUUCAUUCGCUAUUACCUGCACAGGAUGUAAAGAAAAGAGAAGUCAUAGUAGGCACUCUACCAGGGAAAUAAGGCAGUAUUUGAAUCACAAGAUAUAUUUUUUAUCUGCUAUCAUGGAUUCAAUGAUCUGUAGAGCUUUUUCACUCAUUAGCUGUCAGGGUAUGAAGAACUGACAGCCUGUAAAGAUAAAGAUAUUUAUAUUUUUGUAUAGUUGUUUUCAUAGAUUUCUCAAAGGCUGAAGUUUUCAACCUAGAAGAUGAGAUUUGUAUUGAGUAUAGAAAUGAUGUUUCCUAUCUAGUUUGUAAAUAAUCAUGGUGCACUUGAGGGGUCUCUUGGAAACUCCUAGAAGCAAGAAUCACUAUUCUGAAAUUGUAUAGACUGAGAUUUAGCUGCUGCAUUUUGCCUUUCUUAAAUAAUUAUAUUUUGGAAUGUAACCCCUGUUCUGUCUUCACUGACAGGAUUUGCUUGUGUUGUAAAACACUAACACAAGAGCUUCCACUUCCUGGGCUGUGCCUAGGUAAUGUUUCUUCUGCAUCCUCCUGCCUUCCUUAUCCAGGUCCCACUCAGCAUAUCUUCCUACCUAGGUUGUGAGAGUAGCUUUGGAAUGGAUUAGCCAGUGAAUUAUUACUUCCAUGAAUGACUCCUUUUCCAUUAAUCUGGUCAUCAACUGAUCUAAAAGGUUAGGAAGGCUUCCUCUGCGAACUGCAGAGAGAACAAAUUCUUCGUUGGUUUUGUGCUACUUGCCUUUCUACACCUGUCCAUUGGCACUUAACCUUCCCUCCCUACUGAGGAAGCUUGAAGUAGUUCAAAGAGUGCUUCUCAGCUUCUCCUUGUCCCUUUUACCCAGCAGAUUUUAUUCAAUGCCUUAGUCAAGGAGUUUAGCACCUAUCUCCCUUGCUGAUAGUCAUUGGAGAUGCCUGUUCUUUAACCUGGGUAUAGUAGUUUCCCAUUGUUUUAUUGCUUGUCUCUUCACCACUUUGCCCCUGACUUCCCAAGGCUCUUGUGGCUUUUGAGGAUCAGCCAAGGAGCAGGCAAGGGAGUGAAUAAUCCUCAGGAAAAGAAGGACCAUUUUCACUUUUGAACACUUUCCCUUUUUAGAAGAAAACAGGUCCAGGUCAAUUCUUGAACACUUGGCUGUGUGUAUAAGAGAUGUACAGAGAUAGAAAUGAGGUAUUCCAGGUGUUCAAGGAGGCUGCAGAUGUCAUUGCAACACCCCCUGCCCCAAGACACAGUGUUCUCAAGACAGAUCUAGAAGUUAUCAGGGCUAAUUUAAGGAGGGCUGAGUCUUCAGAACAAUCCUGCAGUCUUCACAGAAAUCUAAAAUCUCCAAAAACUCCUACCCUUUAAUCUUACCCCAGAAGAAACUGAUCUAUGAAAAUUACAUGUGUGAUUAUGAAAGAUGAAGUUGAGUAAGAAGAGUUGAGAAACCUGGAAGACAGCUCUCACCCUAACUCUAUAAGACGCAUGAUCUCAGUAGACCAAUAAUUCACCUUUUUUAUACAUCUGUAAAUAAAUGGAAUGUUUUUAAGAAUAUAAUUAUGUCAGAUUUAGCAUUUUCUUUUAUAUAUUAAAUAUAUAUCUUUCCUUUUCUGCUUUUGAAAGUGACUAUUUUUUUAGAAACAAGAACAGAAGUUGUUUGGUGAUUGAAAUAAAUCAGGUAUACUAAUUAAAGCAGGACUUGCUGUUGGGAGGUUUUUGCCAAAUUGGAGUAGAGAAUGCUUAAUGCCCUGAGACAUAUUUGAGAGAAGGUGCCUUUGAAGUUUUAUCAUAGGAAUUCCUUCCCAUUCUCAAAGUUUCUGACAUGCCAUUUGGGAGAGCUUUUUAGUAUUCUAGUCCUUGUGGCAUGUCUUACCAAAGAGACUUGGAAAUUGUGUACAACUUGACAUGUACUUGUUUUAGAAGUCAUUCUAGGGCCAGAGAUUUAGCUCAGUGGUGCCACAUCUGUCUAGCAAGUGCAAGGUCCUGAGUUCGAUCCUCCAUACCAGGAAAAAAAAAAGUCAUUCUACAUAAAAAACCUCAUGGUACCCACUGUGUACAAGGCAAUUUAUCUGUUAUCUUGAGGAAUUAAUAGGACAUAAUCUCAUAGCUAAGAAUAAUAAGUGUUCUUAAGGCAAGAUGUUAACUAGUUUCAUAUUUACAGUUCUACAUGAUUUACAGCUUUAUUAAAGGAGACCUUUUUUUUUGUACCAGGGGUCAAACUUGGGUCCUUGCGCUUGCACAGCAGGUGGCAAAACCACUGAGCUAAAUCCCCAGCCUAAAGGAGACCUUUUGAUAUUGAGCUACUGUUAAUCUAUUUAAGAUCACUAACAAAUCAAGUUCAGUUAUAUAAGCUUCAUACAUAGUUUUCAUUUGUAUAAUUUUAUAACAAAUACAAUUUUUCUUCUCAGAAUUAUGGAUGAAAUCCCUGGUGUGAGACCUUUCUGUAACAGGUUUGAAAAUAUUUUGAACACAGGUCAAAGGCAGACAAUCUAUGUAUUAUUUUUGUUAUGGUAUGGUAUAGUUUUUUAUGGCUAUAACUGAUUGACAUACAGUAUUCAGAAUGGGGUGAAGUGAAUUGAGAGGUAAAUAUACUUUGAAGAAGGGUCUAGAAAAUAGUGAUAGCGCUUGUCUCUCACUCCCAGAAUUUAAAAAACAAAAUAGGUCUCACACAUUAUAGGCAGCACAUCUUCACAUUUUUACGGAGAACAACUGAUAAUCAAGAAAUGAUACAGUUCCUGUGCAGAAUCAUUAGUUUUGAAUAGUCCUAUAAGGGCAUCAAGAUUCUUGUGCCAUUGUAUUGUUGGUUUUUAAAUUUUAUGUGGACAUGAAUUCAUAAAAAAUUAAAACAGACCUAUUGUCAAUUGAAAAAUCAGUUAAAAUGCAUAUUUGGCAUAAAGGAAAAUAAUUUGAUAUAUAUAACCUUUAAACAGACAUAACUAGGGCCGGGGAUUUAGCUCAGUGGUUUUGCCGCCUGCCUAGCAAGUGCAAGGACCCGAGUUCGAUCCCCGGUACCAAAAAAAAAAAAAAAA